UGUAGUUGCCUUAUGUCACAUGUUGCAUUACAAGUUCAUCCAGACAGCUGUUACCAGGGGCUCAACAUCAUUGUGCUUUAUUGCAAGGGGAGUAGAUUCACAUGCUCUUGUUUGUAGAACUCUUAGAGGUACAAAGCGGAAACAAUUGCUUCAGGUUUUGGGGUGAUGUUAUCUAUUUGGAUACUACAUUAAAAAUAUGGAAUUUGUUUUGUACUGUAGUGAAGUUGCUGGCUUUUUGCUGAGGCUGUAAGAGAUCUGAGCUGUGUAGCAGCGGUUGAACACUUACAUAGAUGGGAAGUUUUGGUAUGAGAAACUUAACUUUUUUUUUGUCUUAGCAACAGACACUGUUGACUUCUAGUUUUGCUUUUUGAAGCUAUAUAUACAGAAUCCUGUUGGUUAUAGCCCUUCACUUGUACUGAAGUUAAGUUGGUACAGUGAAAACUGAAAACAGUCUAAAUUUUGAACACCUGUGACCAUUAGAAACCAGUCAGUUGAAUCAAAGUGAUUUUUACUUUUUUCUUUACUGUAAAAUCACUAGUGCAUUAAUGUAACAUAGGCAGGAAAAAAUGUUUUACAUUUUUAGACUUCUGUUUUUGUAGUUUUCAGACUGAAUGGCACAUUCUUAGUUGUGCAUAGACUACACAAUUUGUAUUACCAGGUAAAAUGAAAAUUGCAAGAUAGAUCUCUUCUCUGAAAACCGUAGAUGUGCUGAUUUGAUUAUGGUUGAUAACUUGAGGCAUUUUUGUUUCCUUUCACCCAUAAGUUAUUCACUUUUCAUUUAUCUGAAUUUCAGGUGGAAAUUACUUGAGGGAAUUAACAUGGUCUGUGAUCCAGACAUGUUUGCACCCCAAACUCAGGAACAGAGCAGCAAGAGAACAGUUCUUCUUUCCAGAUAGUUAAAUUGGUUUGAGUUAUCAUGAAUAAAGCAAUUACAGGUAUCAUUAGUGUAGGAUACUUCGAACUUGCCUAUUCAGAACUCCUUCAGAAGAAAAGGAAUGAAAAUAUAAACUCAAGGUAAAGUGGAAGAAACAUUGAAAUAAUAGCAAAAAAACACCUGAACUUCCCGGAAGCUCUUCAUGAGUCACUCUUGUAAUAAUUUUUUUGUUCUCUUCUGUUGAUUAGACUCCUUUGGGCAUUAUUUACUUGAACCAAGUCAUGCUUUUCUAUGUUCUCCUUGUCUAGCAGCACAACUAAAUGCCAUUCAGGUUUAGGUGAUGGCAUGCACAGUGAAUUGCCUUGGUCACCUCUGUAUCUGCAAGCCAUUCCAGCUCGUCACCUCUCUGUACCAGUUGUUGCUGUCAUCAGCUUCGCCUUGCCACUUCUGUUUCUGCAUCUUUGUGGUGUUUGUUGUGUGGUUGUUUCCCUACCCCUCUCCCCUUCUGUCAUGAUCACUCUGAGGUCCUCUGCCGUCAUCCUGGGCUCUUGCUAUGCUGUGUUCCUCUGAUUGGCUGGUUGUAAGAAUGUUGAAAUGCCGCCUCAGUGUUACUAAGUAAAAAACUAUACAGAUGGAUGGACAAGAGUUCACAUAAGGUUGCUUUAGUUCCUUUCUUUAUAACCUUUAGGUACUUACCUGAUCUUCUCCAUGGACAGUUGGCCAGAAGCAAGAAUGAGGGAGUGAGGCCAGGGAGGUCUACAUUUAUGGAAGACAGCUUGUAGGUGGCUGUAAGAACACCCUGUAGUACGAUGCAACUGACUGGUUCCUCUAGAGCAGGAAAGGUGCUGAAAAAGCUUUUUUGUCCUCUUAAUUUACAGUGUGCAGUAAACUAUCAAGCCAAAGUCCAUGUGUUGUUACCAACAAUGCCCUUCAGCUUCUUGUUUUGGCGUGUGGAGAUCAAAGGGAACAGUGGUAGGGCUGGACUUGUCCAUCAUCUGAUUUGGAAUAAGUCCAAAUUUCAAAUUAAAUUUCAAAAUGAGUGGUAACAAAAAUAAGCAAACCUUUACUGCAUGGUAUAAUUAAUGUUCAGAAAAUGCCCAGAAUCAUAGUAACAAUAUGAGUAACCACCUAACUGGAUGCAAAUAUUGUUUUCCCAGCCAGGAUGACAGAGCAACAACAUCAUACUUGUAACAGUGGUCCCUGACAAGCCUGUCAAAUCUGAUUAGACAUAAGACAUUAUUUUAAUUAAACCUUCUUUGGGAAGGGGAUGAUGAAAUGUGGCUGGCAGCCUGUUCUUAUGUUACUGAGUGUGGUGCUUAACAGUUUUGUCUGCUGACAAGUGCCUUCUGAAGUAAUGGUGUCUUAAUAAGUGCACACUUACAGUGCAUCAACAAUACCUGUGUGAUAGAAACUCAAAUGUUAUGUUAAUCUAAAGUGACUGGCUCUGGAAAUAAUCCAUUUCAUGACUAGCUUGCUGCUGAUGUGUCUUAGCUAGUUCUGUGGUUAAUUAAGGUGUUUCAUAUGUCAGAGGAAUUAUUUUUCCACUGCAUCUCGAAGUUAAUGCAGACACCAGGUCAGCAUUAGGAUUUUAUUACAGGAUUGGGAGCAAAAGCAAGAUACAUAUAUCUUAUGUGGGAUGACACUGAGACUUUAUGCAACUACAGUGUUAUAGGCUACUGCAAGACUCCUUGGAAGCUGGAUGUGCAGUUUUGGCUUGUUGAGAUUUAUACACAUUGCUACUCAUGUCCCUGGAGCAGUAGCAACUGGUGCUCCCUUGAGCAAACCCCCUUAUCAAUUUGAGUUGGCAAAGUGAGGAGGUUACUUUCUCUUAUCAGAAGUUUUUGAAAUCUUCUAAAAAAGGAGUUGCUUUUCAGUCUGAGGCAUUAACUAGAAAAAAAACUCUGAGAAAUUAAAAUAAGUGUGUAGAGGCUUUCUCUCAAGUUCAGUGGAGAGUGAGCAGUGCCAUGCAGUCUCCAGCCACAAAGAGAGGACUGGUGAGGACGUGAAGGUAUGAUUUUAUGUGUCACCUGGCUUUUUCACUAAAAACAAAUCCAGUUGAUAACUUAAUUGCUACUCUCACAGACAGGAACUACCAACACAGCUGGCUGUGAAACCUGGGUCUGAAAGUGCAGCUAUUUCAUUUGCUGUCUGCAGUCUGGGCAUUGGGACCGGUUCUAAAUGGCUUCUAAGAAGUUGGGAUCCGACUCUCAUGGGCCUUUCAGUUACCUUGAUGAUGUCCCAUUUAAGAUAGGAGACAAGUUCAAAACCCCAGCAAAGGUCGGAUUACCCAUUGGUUUCUGUCUGUCUGAUUCUUCUCAGCUUGUCAGAGAAGCCCAGUAUGACUUCUCACUGGAAAAGAAAACAAUUGAGUGGGCUGAAGAGAUAAAAAAAAUUCAGGCUGCCCAGAGAGAAGCUGAACGCAAGGCAGAAGAAGCCCUAGCAAACUCAAAAGCAGCUCCAGAGGACAACACCAAGAUGGGGUUCUCAGAGGGACCUUGCCCUGAAGCCAUGCCUCCUCCUAUUAACCCCAUCCUUGCUAGCCUGCAGCACAAUAAUAUUCUGACUCCUACCCCAGCCAACACCAGCUCUGUGAAGCAGAAGGUCCUCAGUCCACCUCGUCCAAAGGCAGAUUUCAACCCAGCUGAUUUUGAAUGUGAAGAAGACCCGUUUGACAAACUGGAAUUAAAAACUAUUGAUGAUAAGGAGGAAUUAAAAAAUAUCCUUGAAAUUCAUGUUGGUACUACUGGGCCAAUUGUUGCCCAGCUGUUAGAUAAUACUUUGCCUAAAGGAGGGUCUGAGUCUGUGUUGCAAGAUGAGGAAGUUCUGGCAUCCAUAGAAAAGGCCACAUUGGACUUCAAACCCCUUCACAAACCCAAUGGCUUUAUCACUUUACCACAGCUGGGAAACUGUGAAAAGAUGUCCUUGUCUUCCAAAGUGUCCCUUUCCCCCAUCACUUCAGUGAGCAAUAUCAAAUCCCUGUCAUUCCCUAAGCUUGACUCCGAUGAGGGUGAUCAGAAAUCAACAAAGCUCACGAGCACUUUCCACAGCACUACCUGCCUCCGCAACGGCACUUUGCUUAGCUCUUUGCAGACCUGUGCUCAGAGCAAAGUCAGUGAACUGAAUGGACACCAUAUGCUUGGUAUUUCCGCUCUAAAUGAGGACAAUGGCAGGGAGACGUUAUCCUCUUCAUCCAGGCUGUCUCCCCGGGUUGUUUCCACUGUUUGUACAGAAGAAGAAUCAUCUCAAAGUGCAUCGACUACGGUACACCCAGACUACCAGGAAACAGAAAUCCCUGUGGUAACACACCAAAACUUUGCAGUGUCUAAAGUGCCCAAUAAUAGUAGCUGCACGAAGUGGCCAGGUGGUCUUGCAGCUGAGCUGCAGCAGGGCCUCUCCCCCAGUGAGAGGCACUGUGUGGAGACCGUGGUCAACAUGGGCUACUCACCUGAGAAUGUCCUGAAAGCCAUGAAGAAGAAGGGACAGAACAUAGACCAGGUUUUGGAUUACCUGUUUGCACAUGGACAGCUUUGUGAGAAGGGCUUUGAUCCACUUCUUGUUGAAGCAGCUUUGGAAAUGCACCAGUGUUCAGAGGAGAAGAUCACAGAACUUCUCCAAUUAAUGAGUCAAUUUAAAGAAAUGGGCUUUGAACUAAAAGACAUUAAGGAGGUCUUAUUAUUACACAACAACGACCGACACAAUGCUUUGGAAGAUCUAAUGGCCCGUGCAGGAGCCAGCUGAAGACACAUUCCUGGAUUCUUUGUGUGCAACGGAGCAGGACCAGCCCUGCCACCUUCGCAUCCAGUGUGACUUGCUCUCAGUGGGAAGGAGUCCAGCUUUUCGCAUACAAGGGAGAGUGACUGAGCAAGUCUGCCUGCGUGCAUCACUCCAGCAUUUCUCUUUUCACUGAGGGCCAACUUUCAUUCUUAAAUUAAAUUUUGAAGUGUCCUUUCCUGAGUUUCCUUUUUCCAGCUUGGCCACGGAAAGUUGAGACUGCCCAGCCUUGACUGGAAUUGUACAUAGGUAGAGAUGGAGUGGUUGCCCCCCUCAUUGUUGCACUGGAGUUGGACAGAAGAAUAUUAAGUUGGGUCUGAAACUAGGAUGCUUUGGUUCUUUGAAGCUGCUUUCAUGGUGUCUUGUCUGCUUGUACUGAAUUACUUGACUGUGUCACAGUCCAGAUUACCUGGUUAAAUUUGACCUUUAGUGCAAUGGAGUUUUAUUUUUUGGUUGAAAGUUAGUCUGUAACUUAGUAGAACACUGGUUCAGAAACUGUCACUAUGCAUAAAGACAGAACCUUGUUUUGUCCUCUUGGAUUUUGUUUUUUACCCAUUCAUCCAACACUUCUGCCAGACACAAGUGUGCAAUGCUGAGUGGUAAAUUCCCUUGAAGCAGGUAAGCUGUGAACUCGACCUAGACCUGCAACUUGUGUUGUUUCUUGAACCUGAAGGCGGAGAGCUGGGGCUCAAUAUUUUUAAUCCCCUGGGCUUGUAGGAUAUUUAAGACAAUGCCCUGCUAGAAAUUGUUAUCUUUUUGAUCUAAAUAAUACACAGUGUGAUGCAGGAGGUUUCUUUCAAGCACUUUCUUUAAAACAAAUAUACUCACUGCAUUAGUUCCAUUUUCACAUUGCUAUAGAACUACAUGAUAACAUCUAGUACUACAAAUCAGGUUUGGGGUUGUUUUUGAUAGUUCAAAGUAUUAUGUUGUACAUUGAUCAAGUUCUAAAUACAUGAAAUAUCAGCAAUCUAGAGGAAUCUCUAAUUUGCUAAAUAUUUUGAUUCUGCAGAAGAGCAACUAAUAAAACCCUGAAAUACAACUGUCAUGUUUCCCAUCUCUCAUCUCUCAUACUCUUUGGCUUCAGCAGUCAAGGAACUUGCUGGAUCCUGCCUGCCCAGGUGCUGCCAUCUCCUUUGGGCACAUGUGAACACUGCAGUGGGGUGCUGUGCUUCUCUGUGGCUUAUUUUCUUUUUGUGGCAAAACCCCAGCCUAGGGAUCUAAAUUCACAUUAGAGCCUGGAGCUUGAGCAUUGGGCUGCUGGAGGUCAAAACAUCUCAGCUCAUUGCGUCAGUGUAGGUUUUCAGUACGAACUUUCAGCUCAUAAGGGCUCCAAAGGAGAUGAUGGCAUUUCUCUCCAUUAUGUUAACUUUCUGGGAUCAAAACAUCUAAUUUGGGCCCAGUGUGCGCUCCUGGAAUUCUCUGUGGGGUGCCCAACUGUGUGAAUUACAUACAUUUACUUUAAAAUUAUGCAAGAGAGGGAUCUGCUGGCAAGUAUUAGGAGGUAUGGAGUGGAAUGAGGAGGAGCAGAGCAGGCUGCCUUGCACAUACCCCAGUGUUGACCAUUUUCUAGUGGUAGAGCUGAAAUAAAGCUUGUGUAAGGACAUUCAACAGCUGGUGGGACAGCAGCUGCUGCUUCUGUUAGUGCAGGUACUGUCCAGCUUUUCUUCCUUCCCAGGUGAAAAAUGCAACAGUGAAGUGAGGAAAUGGGGUUCCUGAUCAAUUUGAAAACCUUGAAAACAAAAUUCAAAUUUUGCUUUACCAUCAUUGCUGAGAGCAUUUGAUUGUAUUACUUGUUCGGUUUUCUCAGAAUUGCUACCCAAGUGUGUCCCUCUCUCUACCAGACAGUUCUGAAAGGGCAAGAAGUCUUUGCCAGCAAAGAAACUAUUUAGACAAAACCUCUGAAUAAAAUAAUCUCUGAUUGUA